AUGGAUGAAGAAAACACAGCUUCUGUUGUUGAACAGACUGGGGAAAACACUGAAGUGAUGCAGCAGGAGGCUGAGGAGGAAUCAAAAGAACAGCUUCCUGCAGACAUGUACUACAAGUACGAGGACCUUCACUCCAGAGCGUCCAUCACACCCGACUCUGAAAUCCCAGAGAACCUCCUCCACCUUUCUCACUCCUUUGGCUAUGACAGUGGGCGAAGGGCAAACCUGCAGCUGCUGGACGACAGAACUCUGAUCUUCGUAGCUGGUAACCUGCUCGUCCUGCUGGACGUUUCCACCAAGGAGCAGAGAUACCUCCGCUCCUGCAGCGGAGGAGGAAUUGGCUCCAUCACGACCCAUCCUAGCAAAGAGUACUUUGUUGCAGCAGAGAAAGGACACCAGCCCAACAUCAUCAUAUAUGAAUAUCCUUCAUUACGACUGUACCGCAUCCUGAGAGGUGGUACAGAGCAGGCGUACAGCUUUGUGGACUUUAACCGUAACGGGAGCCUGCUGGCCAGUGUGGGCAGCGCACCUGACUACAUGCUGACGCUGUGGAACUGGAGGCAGGAGGAGGUGAUGCUAAGCUGCAAGGCCAUUUCUCAGGAGGUCUACCGAGUCAGCUUCUCCCCAUACAACCCAGGACUGCUCACAUCGUCAGGAUCUGGACACAUCAAGUUCUGGAAAAUAGCUAGCACAUUCACAGGUCUCAAAUUACAAGGGCUUAUGGGACAUUUUGGGAAAACUGCAGCGACUGAUAUUGAAGGCUACGUGGAACUUCCUGAUGGAAAGGUGGUGUCCGGCACAGACUGGGGCAACUUGCUGCUGUGGGAUGGAAACGCCAUUAAGGUUGAGAUUUGCCGAAAGGAGGGGCGGAGCUGCCACGCCGGGAUGGUUCAGCCGUUUGCCCUGGAGGACGGCCAGCUGAUGACGUUUGGCUCUGAUGGAGUGGUCCGGGGCUGGGACUUUGAAGGGAUUGAUGCUGCCGACAGUAACAGCGACAGCAGCAGGUUUGAGAUGGAGCCCAUGAAUGAGAUGGUGGUCGGACACAACGUCUGCCUCUCCUCUGUGGUGAAGAGCUCCCUGCCUGACUCCUUCAUCUGGUUUGCUCAGGAUUCCAGCGGAGCCAUCUGGAAACUGGACCUGUCAUUCACCUACACGACUCCUGAUCCAGAGUGCCUGUUUUCCUUUCACGCCGGGGCAAUCCAGAGCCUGGACGUGUCAAAGAAAUCCCACCUGAUGGCCACGACCACUCUGGACCGUACCGUCAAAGUUUUUGACUUCCUGGCAAAAAGAGAACUGACCACCAGUCGCUUCAAUCAGGGUGGAACUGCUCUCAGCUGGGCUCCGACUUUGGUGAACCAGAGUGGAGGUUUACUGGUGGCGGGUUUUGAGGACGGGGUGGUCCGUUUACUGGAGCUGUACGACCCUCAGAGGCUGCAUGUGGUCACCGGACGCAGCCCCAAAGGAGAUGCAAAGCUGCGCCUCAAACAAGCCUUCAAACCCCAUAACGCCCCAGUAACUGCUGUGGCAUAUGAGCGAAAUGGAGACAUCUUAGCCACAGGGAGCUCAGACUGCACUGUGUUCUUCUUCUCUGUCGGGGAAAAAUACAACCCCAUCGGCUUCAUCCACGUUCCUGGACCAGUGCAGGGGCUGGAGUGGUCACCUCAUUCCCACAGUGAAAACAGGUUGCUCAUCCUGUGUCAGAGCGGUCAUGUGGUGGAGGUGCAGAGUCCUGAUCCUGAGGCCCAGAACCCAACCAAAACCUUCCUGCUGCCUGAGCUGCCCAGCAGAUCCUUCAGGUUCAGGAGCGUCAAAUCUCGAAUCAAGAGAGAGGAGGAAAUCACAAGACGUCAAUCCUUAAAGGAGAAGAAGAAGAGAGAGAGAGAAGAGAGGUUGAAAGAAUCGAAGCAGCCCGAAGCAGGACAAGAGGAAGAAAAAGAAGAAGAGGAAGAGUUACCACCUAUCUACAUCCCUGACCCUCCAAGUCCUCUCUGCUGUGGCUUCUACUCACUGCCUGGCCAGUUCUGGCUCUCCAUGGGAGGCUAUGACUCAGGUUUCCUGUAUCACUGUAAGUUCUCUGAGAAGCAGGAUGAGGAUCCAGACCAUAAGCAGGAUGAGCCCUUUGACUUUCUGCCUGUUCACAACACAGAUGACGACCCCAUUCGCUCCAUCACCUUCAGCUCCAACAGGCAGCUGUUACUCUGCGGUAUGCACUCAGGUUCCAUCAGGGUCUACCUGCUGCAGCCCAAUGAUCACAGCCUCACCUCCAUGCAGGCCUAUUGGUCGCUCAGUGUUCACGACAACCAGUACGGACACGCACGGCACAUUCGCUGUAGCCACGACGACCACUUUGUGCUGACGGCGGGAGAGGAUGGGAACAUCUUCUCCUUCGGCCUGCUUCCUCCAGAGGAGCUACAGAAAAGCCUGCAGAGAAAGAGGGCCAAGGUUCCUUCGCCCAGGGUGGGUCUUGAAAAUGAGGCGUUGGCUCAGGAUAUUGAGGACCCAGCAGCUUACAGCAUAGAGACGGCUAAAGAGAAGCUGGAAAGGGACCGUCUGCAUCGGGAGGCCGAGCUGAAGAUCUCACGGAAGCAGAAGAAGCUGACUGAGCUCCAGAGGGAGUUCAGGCAGUUGCUGAACACCAACCAAAGUCUGCCAGAGCAUGUUCGCCUGAAACCUGUGGAGCUGCAGCUGGACCGACGUUUCAUCGAACAGGCAGAGAGGGUGAAGUCCCAGCGGAUGAUGGAGGUCAGAAAGCAGCUGGGCUGGGAGGAGGAGCGCUGCCACAUAGCACUCAGCAAACUACAGGCCUGGUUCAGGGACUCUCUGCAGGCCAACGUGGUCACCGUGGUCGCCAUCCGCAGCGACCACAGAGUCUCUACCUACCGUUUGCCAACUCUCACCGAGCCUUCAACCCAGCUCAGACACCAGGGCGCAGCCAGCCGGCCUGACAGAGACAGAGAUGCUGCACCAGAUCGCAGGAAAUCCAGAGCCGAGCCUGCAAAAGACAGCAGUGAAAUAGACGUGGAGGAGGUGCUAUGCCCCAAGGCGACUCGUCCAGCAGGGAUCAAACUGGGCGAUCGGCAGGUCGAGAGGCUCCGAAAGGCUGCGGAGAAAGCUGAACAAGCUAAAGCCAGAAUGGAGAAGAGGAAGCAGGAAUGGGCCCAGCUUUACGAAGAAAAGCCAGACGAGAACUGUGAGGAUCCGCUGGACGUGCAGGCCAUCCGCGAAGCCAAAGAGAGCAUCGGAGACUUAAAACUGAAGUCAGCCAAAGACUUCACGGUGCCAAAACACCUGAGGAUGAACGCUGAGAGGAAGAGAGCAGAGCUGAUGGGCCUGGAGCAAAAUAUCCGUGAGAAGCAGACUGAGAUGAAUAGACGUAUCGUGGCAUUGCGGGACGCCAAGGUUCACCUGGUGUCUCAGCUGCGUGCUCAGGCUCAGCAGCUCCACAAGGUCCAGCAGCGUCUGGCAGCCCAUCUCCACCGUGCUCCACCCGCCCUGCCGACCAUACUACCAGAAGAAACCCCAGAGAAGAGGUUGCGGUACGGCCGCACCACCCUGGAGCGAUAUCGUGCUCUGAGAGAACAGAGGUUCAAGGCUGUGCAUCAGGAGGAGCAGGAGGGAAGUACACAUUUAUUGGAGCUGCUGGAGAAGGAGAUGGAAGGGGAGCAGGAGAACGAGGAAGAUGAUCAGGAAAGAGGUGAAGAGGAGUCCUCCAGCCCAUCAGUUUCAUCUGUAACCAGGGAAGAAGAAGAAGAGACAUCAGUGGAGGAGGGAAUGGAGCUGAGUGAGCUGGAGGAGGAGCUCUGGAGGGAGGAGGAGAUCAGACUGCUGCACCAGCAGGACUCCCUGCUGGAGCAGAUGGAGAGUUUGGUGUGGCAGUUUGACGCAGAGCUCCUGCUGCUGCGUCACCAGAAGCUGCGUUUGGACUGGCAGCUGAAGCUGGCCGACCUCCGUCAGCUGACGCUCUACCAGGAGCUGCUGCUCCUCAAGGAGUUUGAGAGGAGGGAGGACAGCCUGCAGGAGAAGCUCAAUGAACGCAUUAACGAGGAGAACAGCAUCAUGUCAAAACUGGAGGAAUGCAAUGAACAGUUGGAAAUGAAGCAGAGAGACAUAGUCAAGCUGCAGGAGAGAGAGAAGGCUCUGAUGGCCGCCCUCCAGGCCUCGCUGGGCGAAAACAACAAGUUUGAAGAGUUUCUGACCAAGGUCUUCAAGAAGAAGGUCAAACGUGUCAAGAAGAAGGAGCAGAUGGGAACUGAAGAAGAAGAAGUGGACAGCGAUGAAGACUCAGAUGAAGACGAUGACUGGGAGGAUGGUGAUGAUGAUGAUUAUGGCAGCAUCACAGAGGAAGGAGGUGCUGCUCUGGAUGACAGCGUUUGCCCUCCAGGCUGUGACCCUGAGUUAUUUGAGAACACACUGCAGCUGCGUGAGCGUCGGCUGGACCUGGAGGAGCUCCUGGUGGAGGAGAAGAAGAGUGCUGAAGCUCUGAAGAAGGAGUGUGACACCCUGGUCAAGAAGGAGAAAAUGGUGAAGAGCAGUUGGAAUGCAGUAGAAGACGACUUGGAGUUGGUCAACAGAGAGAAACAGCAGAAAAUGAACGAACUGGAUGUGGUGGUUCCUCUCAGACUGCACCAGAUCGAAUUUGGGAACGGCUCGUUGCCGUCUGAUCUGAGCUCGGCAUUGGUGCUGGACAAGAUGGAGGUGAACAGGCUGCAGGAGCGCAUCAAGCAGCUAAAGGUGGAGAAGAGUCAGCAGAAAGAUCUGUACUGCCAGGCCCGCCAGCAGCACGUCAGGCUCAUCCACGACCGCAAGGACAUGGCCGCUAAGAUCCAGGGGCUGGAGGAGCAGUGCGACGAUCUGAUGAUGAUGAAGUACGGGAGACUGGUGGAUCUGGAGGCUCUGCAGACGCUGUCGGGGAACAGGGUGCUGGAGGAGCUCAAGCAGGAAAAACUCCUUCGAGAAGCUGCAUACGCCAAGGAAAUCAAACAGUGGGAUGCAAAGGUAGAAGAGGCGCGUGAAGCUCUGAUGGAGGUGACCAAGUGUAACACAGAGCGCCUCCUCAGCAUGACGAACCUCUUUGACCAGAAGAAGGAACUGGAGCAUAAACUCAACGCCAGGCAGAAGAAAAUGGGCCGACAGUUCCAGGAUUACAGGAGACGUGUGGAUCAGGAGGAGAUCCGGAGGCUACAGGUGCUGGUGAAAACACAAUCGCAUCAGAUUGAGGCCCUCAGGAGAGAGAUUGGCCUCCUGUCCCGUAAAGGGGGCCUCGUCUUGCCCCCCGGCCAGGCCCCGCUGCCCCCCCUCGCCCCUAUGGUCACCCCUACAGACCGCACCCACACCGGCAGACAAGGACCAGCGUAUCCAUCCAAACUGCUCAAAGCACAAAACUCACACAGUAAACAGGGAGCUAUUUAA